GUUGCCAUGACUCGUGAUAUGGAUCCACAAAAUGCCCAUAUUGAGUACACUAGCGUUGCACUAGUGCACUAGAACUUAAUGUUUAUGGCAUAUGAGUGUUUGUGUGUUGUUGCUGGUAUGGCUCGUUGCCAAUAGAGGGGUGGUAUGAUUUAUUUUUUUAACCUAAAGCUGCAGGAGAACCGGUCCUACCUGUUGCUAAGUGAAUCAUAAAGUCACAGACUGCACUGAUGCUCCACACAGACAUGGACAUCAACACAGUGAACACUCUGUCUUAUGAGGAUUUUGUGAAUAUUUUUGGUAACGUGGUGGAGAAAUUUCCCAUUACAGCCGGUGCUGUGUGGUCCAGGCGUCCCUUUGUGAGCUUGUCUGCUUUGGAGACUGCGUUUUGUGAGUUCAUCGAUGCUCUGCCAGAGUCAGGUAAAGAAGGCCUCCUUAGGUGUCACACUGACCUCGCGGGCAGGGACCUCCAGAGGGGCACCCUGAGCAGGGAGUCGCGUGAGGAGCAGGCAGGAGCCGGGCUCUAGACGCGCUGGAGUCCGGGGAACGAGGAGUACAGAGAGCGGUUCGGUUUCCCGUUCGUCAUCUGCGCUAGGAUGAACGACAAGACAAAUAUUUUACGGCAGCUGUCUGAGCGCUGUCAGGACGAGUGCACGGUGGAGAGGGCGCGCGGCAUCGAGGAGGUGAAGAAGAUCUGCCGCCUGCGUCUCCAAGGCCUCGUGCGCCCUGACGCACCAUGACCCAUAAGCUUUUCAGUGCCAUCAAACCUACACAUGCUUUUGUAUUAUUUCAAAUUUAU